CAUAUGCAAUAAGUGUCUUUUGACAGUAAUUGAUUGCACCACGUAACAUUUGCAUAUUAACAUUCUGUUGUAUGGAAUUUUGGCAUAACAGGAUACUCUGGCCAAAAUAUGCAUUGUGUUCCUCAAAAAUAGAGGCCUUCUUAAAAUGUUUUGUAUAAAACAAAAAAUAUUAUAUGACGCUGCUGUAUCCGAUAUACAAUGUGUCCAUGAUAACUGGAAAAGCUUAAUUUAUAUAGAAAUAAAUCCAUAAGAUUUUUGACAAUCUGGUUUUGAUAUAUAUAUAUAUAAUUAAGUAUGAUAAUAAUAAUAACCAAAAACUUAAAAAAGUGGAUGUAAGUUUGAAAUUAAUUAACUAAUUUUCAGUAUGUAUCCCUUUUUUCCUUGGUAUUAUUCAAUAUGUCUGAAUAUUGUUUCAUCAUCACUGUUUGAAUAUUUUCAAUAAGCUGGUCCGGAUAAUUGUUUCCAGUUCAAUUUUUGAGAUUGUUAGAUUAUAUACAAUAAAAUAAAUGGUUAGAUUUGUUUUAUAAAUAGCUGUGUUUUACAUAUUUGAGUUGAUAUUGGGACUAUACUAAAGUAUUGGAUACAAAUGUUCAAUAGUCUGCCCUUGCCCCUUGGCAGUUUGCACAGUAGUUGUACCCAUGGGCUAUGGCUAAAAGUCGUUGCCAUGGAAAUGUGUGUACAAACAAAUUAUUAAUCAUCAAUACCUAUUACCAUGUGUAACCGUAUUCAAGAAAAUAUUUUUUUUUGUAUUUGAUGGGGUGAUGGCCAUCAUAAUAUGUAAUUUCGGAAUAGUUUUGAACAAAGAUGUUACUGGUGUUUUAUAAUUUCUGUUUAUGGUUUUUGUUGUAAACAUAAUAUUUUGUAUAAGUACAUUAAAUAUAACAUAAGGUACUAUAUUUUAAACAAAUAAAUAUUAUUUACUUAUCAGUUAUCAUACGAGUAGUUUAUUUUCGUUUGUUGAGUUAAAAAUGCGUUUCAAAUCAACAAUAUUGAAAGAUUCUGUGGAUCAAUCUGUUGUUUGUAUUGGUUGGACUGGAAACGAUGAAAUUAUAAUCGGAAGAAGCGACUCAACAUUAUCAAAAUGGAGCCAAGCCACAAAAGAAAAUAUAAAGUUGUGCGAUCUUUCUGACGAAUCAUCGUAUCCUAUAGAUUUGCAUAUGUUAUCUAGUACUCAGAGACUCACAAACAAGACGGCAGGGAUUGAACAAAUCCUCAUAACUUCAUCAAAUGGCAAGUUACAUUUAAUGAGCAAAAUCACUAAAAUCGAUAAAACCGUAGACGCGCAUGAAGGUAACGCAACGGUCGGGAAAUGGAGUCCUGAUGGUUCAACUUUAUUAACAGCUGGCGAGGACGGAUCUAUAAAGAUAUGGUCUCGUAUCGGAAUGUUGAGAACAAAGUUGAUCGUAAAUGCUGAGCCAAUAUUGUCGGCUGACUGGAAUUCCGACUCAUCUAAAAUUGUGUAUACUCAACAUGAUACGCUUUGUAUUAAAUCAUUAAAAGCGAACAUAAAAACAAUUAGAAUUAGAGGCCAUAGUGAUCUUAUACUCAAAGUUUCGUGGUGUAGAGCCAACGAUUUGAUUGCAUCGGGAGGCGAAGAUUGUUAUUAUAAGAUUUGGGAUUCAUACGGAAAUUCUGUAUUUGUGAGUGAAAAACUCACACAUCCAGUAACAUCUCAUUGUUGGAAGUCUGAUGGAAAUUUGCUAGUUGUUAGUUGUUACAACAAAAUUCUACUUUGUAAUCAAUACGGAAUAGUCCUGUCGACUGAUUACGUUGAUUGUGGAAGCAUUUGUUCGCUUUGUUGGUCACCGGAUAGUACUCAAGUAGCUGCUGUGUGCGCUAAUGGAAGACUAAUGAUUUCUACUUUGGUCGAAAGAAGUAUUUCGAGACGGAAUUUUCAUUGUUUGAUCACGUCGCGGAAAACAAUGACCGUGAAGGACGUAUUAAACGAAACCAAAGAAAACCUCGAUUUCCCCGAACGUAUCGUCCACGUAGCUAUGGAAUACAAUCAUUUAAUAGUCACUACUUGCACUCAAUGUUUUGUUUAUCAGAUGCCCAAUCUAAACACUCCGCAAAUUAUCAAUUUAAAAGACACGAACGUGUUUAUGAUAAUUUUGACUGAAAAGUAUUUUGCUAUAUUAUCGAUAAGUCGAGUCGACAUUUACACAUUUGACUGUAAAUUGGUUUCGUCUCCUAAAUGGCCGAAUAUGCAAUGUGACAUAGUUCAAAAGAAUCACGUAUCCAUAUCUGAUCAUAUAUUGGCCGUAAGAGAUCAACUAAAUGACAAAAUGAUACACGUAUUUGAAAUAUCACCGUUAAGUGUAUUGCCCACAAUUAAACACGGAUUUGGAGUUACUGAUGUACAGUUGAUGACCACCAAAAUCCAAGAUAAACGUUUUUUGGCGUUGAUUGAUUUAAGCAUGAACAUAUUUAUCGUCCAUAUAGGGCAUAAAGACGGUGCUAAGACAUACAAACUUGGUUCCAUGUUUCAUAGCAUGUGCUGGAACAGUCAAACAGAAUCACUGGCUGCGUUGCAAUAUACAAAUCUAAUAGUGUGGUACGACCCUCUACUUUUACUGAACGAUCAAAUCCUUGUGCGGAAGUCGCUAGAAAAAAGUGAUUUGAGUUUUUACGGUAACAAGUUAAAUAUCGAGUUAUACGAAGACAAUAUGGUGAGUUUGAUCAACACAGACGGCGUCAAGGUAUUUGUGCAGGUGUCCCCUUACCUGGAAGCUCUGAAGAAUUACAUCGGUUCGAGUAAAUGGAUGGAAUGUCGAACCGUUUGCCGAGACAUGAAAAAUGAAGCGAUGUGGGCACUUCUGGCCGGUUCUGCUGUGUUGGCUAAACAGCUGGACACUGCCGAAGAGUGUUUUCUUGCCAUCGGGCAGAUCGAGCGAGCAACAUUUAUUCAACACAUAAAGACAAUAUCUGACAGAACAGUACAGGAGUCAUCACUAGCUCUGCUAUCUGGAAAAAUAUCAGAAGCCGAAUCCAUUUUGCUGAGAAACGGAUCCACAUUUAAAGCUAUCAUGUUUAACGUACAUAUACAUAACUGGAGUAGAGCUUUGGAAUUAGCAAUAAAACAUAAGAAAUACCUAAACACGGUUAUUUAUAAACGGAGAAAUUAUUUAGAUUUUUACAAAAAAGAAGAAACAAAUGAUAAGUUUUUAAAAUACUCAAAUAUAGAAAUUGAUAAUGAAGAAGUCUUGAAAGAAAUUGAAAUUGAAAACGAAAAAUAACAUUCGUAAAGUUUAAAAUACCUACUUAUUCUAUGAUGUAUAAAAUAUGAAUGUACAAAUUACCUUUUCGUCCUGCAUUAUUAUAUCUUAUUAAAACCUUAAAUAUCUUUAAAUGUGGAUAAUUAUUAACAUUUUCCAUCUUUAUUCAUGUUGAAUAACAUUUUUUAAGACGUACAACUGAGUGAAAUUGCAGUGCCGCAGUGGUAUAAAAGUUUAGCUUAAGUGUCAACUGUGGCGUACGCAAGAUUUUUUUAUAUGGGGAGGGGGCUUGAAAAUUAAUUACAAUUUAAUUUUUAAUUUUUCCAGUCUAAUAAUUGCAGACAUUUAGGUGAGGUAUUUGAAAAUUUUUGUACAACUUCAACUUCUCAACUUUUCUAGUAGA